UGACGACCAUGGAAUUGACCACUUUAUCGCCUUUUGGCCUGCUUCCCGAUAUGUUCAUUCCACCAUGAAACGCACACGUAUUCUGAGUGUGAGGCUGCGGAUUGACCGAAUCACCUCGCCGUCCUACGAACCAAAGCUGAUGUCGAGAGACUGAACACUUUGUCUGCCUUGUCUCCUCACCUCCUCUCUGUUUGGUACCAACAUCGAGAUAUUUCGCCCUUCCUUGCCUGUCAGAAGCCAGCGCAAUUCUGGUUGCUCAUUGAUGGCUGAUAGCCAGGUGCUCAGCUUGAUGCAAUUGGGUGUUGUGGCAGAGCCGUUCAAUGGGAAUACUUCGGUUCGACAUGGCAUUCGCGCUUGGUCAAAUGGGAAGCAUCCGCGUUUCAGCCCUCUGGAAAUCGGGCACUAAGAUAUUCAGCACCGCCGCAGCCCAACAGUUGGCUGACCAAAUGAGUAAAAUGCUAAGCCUUCGCUCACAACCCUACAUGUGAGCUGGUCGAGAUAUCAUGUAUCGCUACCAUCGAAUGCCCGUCCAGUCUCCAACAACCUGCUCGUCUCGCUCAUUCCGCUCGUCACGUCGUCCUUAUGGAUCCAUUAUCGUUCACGGCUAGCCUCAUUGCCGUAGUAGGCCUAGCAGGAGAAGUCGCAAAGACCUGCAAGAGCUACAUUGACGGCAUCAAGAACCAUCCGCGCGAAAUCCGAGUGAUCUUCAUCGAGCUAAACUCGCUCACUUCAGUAUUAGAAGGAUUGAAGAUAUUACGCGAAGACGACUUUGAAGACGCCCAGAUCAUCAGACAACUAAGAGGACAAAAUGGACCCAUCCAAGGGUGUCAAGAAACGAUUCGCAACUUACACGGUCUUCUCAAAUUGAACUCGACCUCUGGCACAGCUGCACCAGGAGGCAGUCGUUCUAGGCGCAAACGGUUGCAGGCGAGGCUGCCAACUCUCGAUGAACUCGCUUGGCCUUUCAGAAAAGACGAAGCAGUGGCCUUACUGAAGGCGAUCGCAACACACAAGCAGACCAUCGGUGCAGCUCUCACUGCAUCUGUAUUAUCCGAAGUUCAGUCGAUGAAAGCGAAGCUCAAUCGAGCGGAACAGGACAGACUGCAUGCCUGGCUCGUCCAAAUCAACCCUUCUUCAAAUCACAACACCGCAAACAGUCUCUAUGAGAAGAAAACCGGUGACUGGAUCUUCCGCUCCCAAGAGUGGAAGCUCUGGGUGAACAAACAGUCUAAGGAACGCUCCCUUUGGAUACACGGCAUCCCCGGGGCAGGGAAGACCAUCCUUGCCUCUCAUAUUAUCGAGCAACUCAUCAAGACCAAAUGCUCGGGCAGCGUGGCACUCGUCUACUAUUACUGCUAUCACGGCCACAACCGCGAUGAAACCUUUUCCUUCCUCCGAUGGCUCAUCAGCCAGCUCUGUCGGAAAACUGACACGGUCUCAAGCUUGACCUACGAUAUCUACCGAAGCGGCCAAGAUCCCGACAUAACCAAACUCCUCUCAGCGCUCCUUACGCAACUUGACAGUUUGGACACAGUAUAUGUCGCCGUCGAUGCUUUGGAUGAGAGUCAACAGCCACGAGAUAGAUUCCUCGACGUUCUCCGUAAACUGGCUACCGAUCAGCGAUUCCAGAAGAUUCAACUCUUGACCACUAGCCGUGAAUACGCCGACAUUGAGCGAGUCAUGGCUCCCAUCUCCCUUUCCGUGCUUACUUCACAUGAGGAAGUGGAAAAGGAUAUUCGGGUCUUUGUCGAAGGAAGCAUCAGUCGAAGUGACAGUUUCAAGCACUGGCCCGACGAUCUGAAGCUUGAGGUGAUUGAUGCACUUGCCAAGGGAGCAAAAGGCAUGUUUCGUUGGGCCGUCUGCCAGCUGGAUAUUCUUCGUCGUCUCAACUGCGCAACGCACGAAGACGUCAGGGAAACGAUCAAAACUCUCCCCAAGGACUUGGACGAAACCUACACGAGGAUCUUGAAUCUUAUUCAUUCAGAUGAUCUCGAACUUGUCCGAUUCACCAUCCAUUGGCUCAUCUACACGGAAAAUCUGAUCAACUACGAUGAACGUUUGUUGGAUGUUACCGAAGUCUUAAGCGCCUAUGCGUUGCAUAGUUCAGGAUCCUCAGAACGGGCCAACCAAAUCUCUAUUCGUUGUAAUCUCGACAGGCUUAAAGAUUGCUGUGGUUGCCUUGUUUCGUUUUCACAGGACAGCUACCGCAAGGCGCUUCGUUGCAAUCUCUCCCACUACACUAUCAAAGAAUUCCUGACUUCCGAUCGAUUCAAGCCAUCAGACCAGCUCAAGUGUCUCCAUCUUGCAACGAUGAAGACUUACCUACCCAAUGUCAUUCUCCGAAUGAACGUUGAGGGUCACGGAUGCGCGGCCGAAGGCUAUAUAAGUAUUCACAGUUAUGAGGGCUUAGCCCGACAAGUUGUGUCCGCUGAAGAAUUCUUGGAUUACCAGCUGGCAUUCCGUUUCUUCCUGAUUAAUGUGGCCCCAGACACCGACACAUAUUAUCUUGCCAGCGAUUCCCUACCCCUAGUCAUGUCGACUAUAUAUGAUGGAAUUGAGUGGGUUGGGGAUAGACCGUCAGACGAAAUCAUUGUUUUACUCCGUCUUUUGGUCGUGUCAGCCUUCCAUCUUUCUCGAUCUCUACUUGAAACUGUCGGCAGUCACCUUCUUUGCUCAUCCUUGGACUUGAUAUGGUAUGACUAUCACUUAUACGGCAACAAACAGCCAUUCAAGGGCAAUAUUGUCGAGUUUCUAGCUACCAUUUUCUUCACUUCACCCGCUACGUUGUUGUUUCUACUGGAAAACUACUAUGACGACUUUGCACAAUCUGUCGAUCUGAGUGGAAUAUUGCAAUCUUUUCAAACCGGCCGCAGAGAAAGCCUUGACUGGUUGAGAAAAUUUUUUCCAUCAAUCUGGAGCAACUUUGACAAGGAGGAGGAGGUCGCUGCGAAGGUAGUUCAGAAGCUUCAGAAUAUGGGCGCGGUUUCGAUAAAUGAGGAUCCAGAGUCAGACUUGGAACCAAACGCCGAGUCAACGACAGAACCGACAGUAGAAGCAGGCAUGGAGUCUCAUGAUCGGUCAAAGAGGUGGCUUGAUGUUGUUUUGAGAAAUGAGAGAAAAGAGGAAAUCGAGUCAUAAGGUGACAGUCACUCUCCUAUAGCGCGACAUACCAAGAGACUGGUCGAUAGGGCACACAAGAUUUGAACAGAAUAUACCCAUCAUCACAGCUCAGUAAUGUUUCUUCACUUCUCUACAUCCUGGUCAUCUCUUCCUAGCGGUACUUCAUCCGCCGAAGUUGGCUUUUUCUCGUCCGAACCGCCG